CUUGUUAUACUUAUAGAGCGCGGUUAACUUAUUUUUCUGACCAUCUCUUUUUUUAUUUUUUUUUCACAACAGGGACAUCACUUGUUAUGGACAAAUAAUUUGUCAACUUAUCAAAGCACUCACAAGUCCACAAGCAUAGAGUAUAACAUCACUCUGAAACCAUGCAGUCAAAUAACAUUAGUGGAGAGAGCACAAAACCAUACGUAUUGAAGAAAUGCAUUGCCCUUUUACUUUCAUGUGCUUCCUCAACUUACAAAUUCAAGCAAGUACAUGCUUUUUCCAUCAGGCGUGGCAUUCCUUUAUCAAGCCCUGAAAUGGGCAAGUACUUGAUUUUCGCUCUUGUUUCCCUUUCAGGCCCAAUGUCUUAUGCCCAAAAAAUCUUUAAUCAAAUUCAGUUCCCAAAUAUCUUCACUUGGAAUACUAUGAUUAGAGGUUAUGCUGAGAGUGAAAACCCAUAUCCAGCUAUUGAAAUACACAAUAAAAUGUGUGUGAAUAAUGUUGCAUCUGACACACAUACAUACCCUUUUGUUCUAAAAGCUAUUGCUAAGGUGAUUGAUGUUAGGGAAGGAGAAAAGGUGCAUUGUGUGGCUAUUAGAAAUGGGUUUGAAUCAUUGGUGUUCGUCCAGAAUUCUUUGGUUCAUUUUUAUGGAGCAAUUGGUCAAGCAGAAAAUGCACAUAAGGUGUUUGAGGAAAUGUCUGACAAGAAUCUUGUGGCAUGGAAUUCAGUGAUUAAUGGCUAUGCUUUAAAUAGUAGACCUAAUGAAACGUUGACCCUUUUCAGGAAAAUGGUUUUGGAAGGUGUUAGGCCUGAUGGUUUUACUAUGGUUAGUUUGUUGACUGCUUCCGCUGAGCUUGGUGCGUUAGCAUUGGGUAGACGCGCGCACGUGUAUAUGUUGAAGGUGGGAUUGGAUAAGAAUUUACAUGCUGCAAAUGCCCUUUUGGAUCUUUAUGCUAAAUCUGGGAAUGUAAAAGAGGCAGAACAAGUUUUUGAUGAGUUGGAGGAGGAUAGUGUAGUGUCUUGGACAUCUUUAAUUGUAGGUUUGGCUGUCAAUGGUUUUGGUGAGAAAGCACUUGAGCUUUUCAAGGAAAUGGAAAGAAAAGGAUUUGUGCCUACUGAGAUCACAUUCGUCGGGGUCUUAUACGCCUGUAGCCAUUGUGGUUUGGUGGAUAAAGGGUUUGCUUACUUCGAAAGGAUGCAAAAGUUGUUUGGAAUUAAGCCGAAAAUUGAACAUUAUGGCUGCAUGGUUGAUUUGUUAGGAAGGGCUGGUUUAGUGGAAAAGGCGUACGAGUAUAUUAAAGACAUGCCGUUGCAACCCAAUGCUGUGAUUUGGCGAACAUUACUCGGUGCGUGCUCAAUACAUGGUCAUUUAGCUCUAGCGGAGAUAACUAGAAAUCACCUUAAGCUGUUAGAACCUAAACAUUCUGGGGAUUAUGUGCUCCUUUCAAACCUUUAUGCAGCCGAGAGGCGUUGGUCAGAUGUGCAUCAACUAAGGAGAACUAUGCUUAAAGAAGGGGUGAAAAAGGUGCCAGGGCAUAGCCUUGUUGAGUUGGGUAAUCGUGUGCAUGAAUUUGUUAUGGGAGACAGAUCCCAUCCUAAAACUGAGGCUAUAUAUGCUAUGCUUGCAGAAAUGACUAGAUUGUUGAGAUUGGAAGGUUAUGUCCCUCACACAUCAAAUGUGCUUGCUGAUAUAGAGGAAGAGGAGAAGGAGACUGCUUUGGCUUACCAUAGUGAAAAAAUUGCAAUUGCAUUCAUGUUGAUUAGUACACCACCUGGGAUCCCUAUUCGAAUUGUGAAGAACUUAAGGGUCUGUGCUGAUUGCCACCUUGCCAUAAAACUAACAUCGAAGGUCUUCGAUCGCGAGAUAGUCGUUAGAGAUCGUAGCCGGUUUCACCAUUUUACCAAUGGAUCUUGCUCUUGUAAAGAUUAUUGGUAGAACGUAAUUGUAGAAUUGGAACUAGAGCUUUGCAUUAGUUGCUGAACUCAAAGCGUAGCCUUCUGAAAAAUAUUAAGAUGGUGGAGAAUAAAAUCGAUAAAAACUGCAUUUUGUUCGAGGAAACGUUAGCGAAAGCAAGAUAUGAUUUUUUAGUUCAUUGCUUGGUGGGCAGAUGUAAACAAUUAGUGCAACUCUAUACUUUCUGAAGAAAUAUUCCUCAACUCCCUUCUACAGUGUUGUAUGUAUCACAUCAAGGAACCAUCCUGGUCUCUAUUCAUUCACUUUUCUCUAAGCCUUUAAUAACUUCAGCAGGUAUAUUAAUCAAGUAUCUGAGAGUUCUUGCAAAUUCUCAUAACUUGUUGAUGCACAUUCAACUUGAAGUUGACAGCGACCUACAUGGAUUCUCAAACUCUUAUGCGCAAAACAAGUAAAUAUAUUUUAGGUGCCUUUUAGGCCCAACAUGCUCCCACAACCACAAGAUACAUGGUUCGACACACACCCCUGGAGCUGAAAUAUCCAGAUCUAUUUAGGUUAGUGGAAGCAGUUGAAUAAACUGUUGUCCACAGUAGAUCAGGAAGUGAGUAGAUUGUGAUUUUUAUAUGAAACUGCUUUGAUUGGGAAGUAACAAGUGUGGCUCAACUAAUACUGGAGUUGAGGCUGAAAUGGACACUUAGUAGGAUUCUCUGGAAAUGGACCAGUAAUGGCCUCUUCGCAAUGGCCAUGGAAUAUGAUCUGGAAACUAUGGCUCAAUACAGAUGCUUCAGUUGGUUGGUGAUGCAUGUUUGACCAAUGGUGGCAUAGCUCUAGAAACCAGACAGAUCAAUCAUGGGGUGGGCUAAAUUUAUUGGUUUCUUGUUUUCAUGGUUUCUGUUUGCUCCUCUUAUCUGUGUUGCAGAGAGAACCAACUUAAAUUGUGCACUUGGAGAAGUCCUCCAUGCCUGAAGUCUUUGCUAGCCACUAUCAAUGGCAUUCCUCCAUCAUUCAUCUCAUCAAGAUUGCCAGUCCUCUCUCUAAUGGCCAACUUUCUGGUACAAAGCUCCUUCAUUCCUAUAAUAAUGAAUUUCGUGGCUUUAGUGCGGUUUUGUUCAAAGAUGAACUAGAAGCUUUUCAAGAAGUCUCUGAUCUCUGGCCUUCAUUUCAGCUUAUAAAGAUAGGUCUAUUGAACUCCAAAUCUACCAAACUUCUGAGUUCUUGAAGCUCAACCCAUCUUCAGGCUUUGGCCAGCCUCUAGAUUUGGCCAAGGUAUGAUCACAGGUAAAAUUGAGUCAGGCAUCUGGCCAGAUAUGCUUGCUUUAAGGAUGAUGGUAUGCGGGAAAUCCCAAAAAAGAUGGAAGGGAAUCUAUUGUGAGGGAACAGAUUUUAACUCUUCGGUGUGAAGCAGGAAACUCAUUGGUGCUAAUUAUUUCAAUCAGGGAGUUUUGGCAGCCAAUCGUUGUGUGGAAACUUCCAUUAAUUCUGCUAGGUAUUAUUCCGGACAUGGCACACAUGUAGCCUCCAUUGCUGCUGAAAACUAUGUUCAAUCUGCUUCGUACUUCAGAUAUGCCAAAGGAAAAGCUAGAGGAGUUGCCCCACAUGCUAGACUGGCUGUUUACGAGGGACCGGGACUGUAGGAUUCGGAUUAUCUUGCUGGGUAUGGAUGAGGCUGUUGGAGAUGGUGUCAACAUUAACUACAUUUCUCUUGGGUACCACAUUAAUCCAUUGUAUGAUGAGUCUAUAGCACUUGCCUCUUUUGAUGCCGUGCUGAAGGGGUCUUAGUUUCUGCUGCAGCAGGAAUGGUACCAGGCGUCUUUAGGUGCCUGGCCUUCCAUAUAUGUGAAACUGGCACUGGCACCUGCAUAGAAUUAGAAUGAGUACAUUCUUCAAUAAGGCGCAUUUGUGUCCUGUCCUCAUGCUUCUAAAGUGGUACACCCCGAGUGGAGUCCAUUCAGCUAUUGGUCAGCUAUGAUGACCACCAUGAAGGCGUGAACCAUUUAAGUGGUACUUCGAACCAUCAUUGAUUCAGACAAUAGAGCCCUGCAACGCGAUUAGGCUUGGGAGUGGGUCAUGAUCCGAAUAUAGCACCAGCCGCCGGUCCGGCCCUCCAGUUUUUGGGGCGUGACAAGAACGUUGACUGCAUUAACAAUUACAAGGAAGAAGAACCUGGAGUUGAAAACUUUAUUUGAGAAACAGAAGAAAACACAGUAUAAUCCUAUUCACUAAGAUUAGAGGAGUCCAGCAUGGUGUGUUGGAGUUUCACCUUUAAAAGUUUCGAACAGUGUUGGAGUUUCACCUGUUGAGAAUUUUGAACUCAACAUACUGUGUUGGAGUUUCACUCGUAAAAGCUUCAAAUUUCAGCA